UUGUUUUGCCAAGCAGCGCUGACGGUGAAAGGGAUCGUGGAGGGAAGAACAAAAGCUCUGAACUUGAAGACUAAAGGAGAGUAGUUGUGUUGUCCGGCAGCAUGUCUGAGUACCCACCAUUCCAGUACGGAAAGUCUCGUUUCAACCAGGACAUGUUUCUUGGUAGAUUCCGACACUUCCUGGAUGUGAUUGACCCCAGGACACUCUUCGUGUCAGAGAAACGGCUGCAAGAGUGUGUUAAGCUGCUUGAUAGCUUCAAACAAGGAACUCUGCCUCCAGGAGUCACAGAUGCUGAGCUAUGGCAAGCCCAGAAAAUAAAGCAGGCCAUCAUUCACCCCGACACAGGGGAGAAGAUCCUCAUGCCCUUUCGGAUGUCAGGUUUUGUCCCAUUUGGCACUCCAGUGGUUGUCGGCCUCCUUCUGCCUAAUCAAACAAUGGCUUCAACAAUCUUCUGGCAGUGGUUAAACCAGAGUCAUAAUGCCUGCGUUAACUACAGCAACCGCAACGCAUCUAAGACCGCUCCAUUUUCCAAAUUCUUCCAAGGUUAUGUGGGGGCGGUGACCAGUGCGGUGUCCAUCGCUGUUGGGCUGAAUGUUUUAAUCCAGAGAGCAAACCGAUUAACUCCAACCAGCAAGCUUUUGGUGCAGAGGUUUGUCCCCUUCCCUGCAGUGGCGAGUGCAAAUAUCUGCAAUGUGGUGCUCAUGAGACACACUGAGCUGUCUGACGGCAUUGAUGUCCUUGACGACAGCGGGAAAGUGGUGGGGACAUCAAAAGUAGCUGCAAGGCAUGCACUUUUAGAGACUGCCCUGACCAGAGUAGUCAUGCCCAUGCCAAUUAUGGUUCUUCCUCCCAUAAUCAUGGCUGUACUGGAAAAAUCCUUACGGUGUAAUGGAGGAAUGGGGUCAUCUCUGGGAAUCCCUGACAGCGCUUGUCCCAACCGCUCUGAGUGGGCGGCCUCAGACUGCGCGACCUGUUCUCCAGGCUUCCUCUCUUGCAGAGGCAGCGGAGGCUUGUCCUUCCUGUCCACAGCCUGGUGUGUCUCGCUUCUUUUGGUCUGGCUUUGCCACUCGCCAUUAGCCUCUUCCCACAGAUGUCUCAGAUCAGUGUAAAUCAGCUCGAGCCAGAGAUCGCAAUGGCAACAGAUUGUAAUAUUGUCACAUACAAUAAAGGGCUGUGAGCAAUCCCUUCUGACCAUCACACGCUCGCCGCAAGUCGACCCCGUCCGAUGCUGCCAGAAAAUGAAUGUGGAGGAGGCAGCAUAUAAUUGCAGAAAACAGCAGCUGAUCCCGAAAAUGCAUGUCAAUACAGACAUAAGAGUUGCUGAAUAACCAGUAAAAAUGACUGCUAAAUGUACAUCACAACGUCUCAAAGUACUAGUGACAUAACAUGGAGACUUACCAAAGAUUCGAUGCCAAACGAUGUGCUCCUUAAGCUUCACAAAAGAACAGGCUGGCUAAUUGUGGCUGCUGUGGAAAAAAAUGUUACAGCUUUAAAAAACAUGUUGUGACUCAAAACACUAUAUAUUUUUUUUCUCUAAACUUAAUGCUGAUGAGAAGUCUACUUGCAGACUAGCUUAGAAUUUUUCCAGGUUUUAAACAAAAUUUAUAGAAAACAGACACUUUGCUGUUUAAAGUGAAUGUAGAAGUGCCAUUGAAUGCAAUAGCCUUGCAUAAACUUUAUUCCAUUUCCAUCCUCCAAAAAGUUGUUCUUCUUUUAGAAUGAGAGUUUUAGGGACUUACUCAAAGGAUAAAUAAGCUUGGAAAAACAUGCUUGCUUUGGGUUUUCUCCUUUUUCUGUUUUUGCAUUUGAAUCUAAGAUAGGAACACUGUGAUGAUACCAACAGCCAGUCAACUGAAAAUUUCAAAUGUUACAGUUGUAUGUAAGUGCAAUAAACAAUGCACUUCAAUGUC